UCUUUUUAAUAUGUUUCUCAUUGGUCUUUUUUUGAAAUAUUCUCAGCUGAAGGUCCAUUGCAUACUACCUUCUAUUCCUCAUGAUCCAGAAGAUGAUAUCUCCAUUGAAGACAAAUAUAGUGACGAGUUGGAAACAGUGAAAGAUGUAACAAAGAAAGGGUACAAGAUUACAGCCGAUGACUGGGAAAAUAGGUGUGUAGACACAUUUGACACAUUGGAUGCUCUUAUUCAAAUGAUGGCAAAUAAGGAGACUGGCCAAGCUUCUACUCCGAUUGAUGAGGAUUCAGUAAAUGAAAAAGUGAACAGGAUCAUCACGGUAAUGGAGGAGAAUCUGAAGAGCAUGAAGGAUCGAAUGUCAUUACUGGAAGAAGAAAACAUACAUCUUAGAGCUCGUGUGUCAGAGUUGGAAGGAAACAGCAAUGUUUUUCCCACUAACGUGACACAAAAGCGAUCCAGUGGGACACCUUUAUCUCCAAUGUCUCACACGCAACCAUCCAGUGGGACACCUUUAUCUCCAAUGUCUCACACGCAACCAUCGAGUGAGACACCUUUAUCUCCAAUGUCUCAACAGCCUAAUUUGACACAUGAGGAGACAAUGAUUGAAUCAGCUGCAUCUCCAAAGUCUCAACAAAAUGAGGAUUACACGCAAUCAUCGAGUGAGACGCCUUUAUCUCCAAUGUCUCAACAGCCUAAUUUGACAAAUGAGGACACAAUGAAUGAAUCAGAUGAUGAAACUCCUGCCCUUGAUACUCAAGUAUUCUCUCCUAAUCUGACAAAAGAGAAAGAAACAGAAACGUCUACCGGUGAGAGGCCAUCCAAUCCUAAUCAAGAUGGAAAACCAGAUGAUGAGAUUGUGAGAGAGAAAUUAACAAGUGAGUCACCUGCUAGUCAGAGUCAAGUUUUGCAGAAAGAAACAGUAGAAAUGAAUGAGACACCUUCUUCUCCAAUAGCUCCAAAGAGUAUUGAAACUCCCGUUUAUACUCCAAGUCAGACUCAGCAGAUUGAGAGAGAGCCAUCGGAUGACACGCCUGCCCUUGAUACUCAAGUUUUUACUCCUAAUCUGACAAAAGAGAGGGAAACACAAACCUCUACUGAUGAAACGCCACCCAAAACUAAUCAAGGAGAAGGAAAACCAGAUGAUGAGAUUGUGAUUGAGUCACCUGCUGCUCAGACUCAAGUUUUGCAAAAAGAAACACUGGAAAUGAAUGAGACACCUUCUUCUCCAAUAUCUCCAAAGAGUAUUGAGGCUCAAGUUUUUACUCCAAUUCAGAAACAGCAGACGGUAACAGAGGAAACGUAUGAGGCUACACAGCCAUUGACUGAGAUCAUUUCAGCAAACAAUAAAAAGGAGGAUACACAUGCUGUGCAUUACAGACCUUCCUCUCCAUUGUCUUCACUAAUUGCACUAGUUAUUGAAGAAAAUAAGAAUGCUUUGAGUGAGACAGAAACUGCGACCCAAUAUUUUUCUACAAGUGAAGGAGAGCAUUCACAAUCAAGCAGAAAGAAUCAAGCGGAAGAAUAUCUCAAGGAUACUACAGAACCUACUACUGAGCUAGUUUCCACAGAUGUUUCGAAGACACAGCCUCUUACUCCGCAAACACAGCACCUUCAGACAAGUGAGGGAGAUCAAUCCGAUGAGACACCAUCAGAGCAGAAUCAAGCAGAAGAAAAUCUCAAGGAUACUACAGAACCUACUAUUGAGCUAGUUUCCACAUAUGUUUCGAAGAUGCCGCCUAUUACUCAGCAAACAGAGCAUCUUCAGACAAGUGCUAUAGAUUUUUCAGAAAAAAACGAGGUUGAAGUAAGCAGGCUUCUAGCUCACUUUCAAAUAGGCGCAGAGGUUGAAAUUUUGUCUACUGAUGACGAAAUAUGGUAUCCAGGAAAGGUUGUUGAUCUUAAACUGUGUGAAGGACUAGAGGAGCUGACAGUUGAGUACACGACACUCUUCACAGACCAACAUAGACUUCAGAAACUUCAGGAUACUAUCACGGCUGACAAAAUACGUCCUGCAACACCAACAAGUGACCAAAAAUCCUUUGAGAUGAUGGAUAAGGUAGAAGCCUUCUACAACAAUGGCUGGAGCAGCGGACAAAUUAGCAUGGUACUUGGUGAUAACACAUACUCGGUGUGUCUCUAUACUUCUAUGGAAACUAUUCUAUUCAAACAUUCAGAUUUGCGAAUUCAUAGAGAAUGGAAAGAUGGAGUCUGGAAGAUGGCAGAUAAGGUGAAGCCUGAUAAGAAAAGGAAAGCUGCUGCCUCAUCACAAAAUUCAGGAAUGGAUAAUGUUUUCCUAAGAAGGAGCGAGAGGGUGCCUAAACGAUCUAGAGACACAAAAACUCCAUUCAAGUCUGACAGAAAUCCGGCUUUAACUGUAAUACCUGAGAUUAUACCUGCAGUUGAUCCGUUUUCAACUCCUGCGGAACAUAAGCUUUCAAGGCUUCAAAAUUGGAUGACAUUAAAGCCCGGCAUGCAUGAAACGUCCCUAUCAAUCAAUGAUAAUAAGAUAAGGAAAUCUUUCUUUCAAAGCAUGGAAAAUGCAAAAAAGGACCUUAAGAAAGAGCACAUUGAUGGAGCCUUUGCAAUGCUAAAUUGCAGAAGAAAUGAGAAUGCUGCUUGGUUCCACAACUACAAGAUUCCAAAGGCGUGCUUCCUACCUAUGGAGUUCUUGCAUUGCUUGCUCUCUGAUGAUUUGGCUUACAAGAAAGAAAAGGUCAAAGGUAAAAAGAUUUUCAACGAUUUAUUUAAAGAUACUGUGAGAGGGAAGGUAUAUCCAGAGAAGACAUGGGGAGAAGAUGUUGAUGUUGUGUAUGGGAUUACUCUUGGAAAAAAAAGCAAUGUCUGGAUUGGGAUGGAAAUUCAUUUGAAGAAGAAAAGAAUCACAGUAUAUGAUUGUUUUCAAAAGGAAAGCAACAGCAUUGAUAUUCCUCAAGUGAAAAAGUUGGCAGUGUUGAUUUCUAAUCUGCUGGUGGAAUCUUCUGGUGAUGAGGUAGAUAAGGUGAAGAUGAUUCCAUUUGAGAUUGAGCAGGCACAAGGUUUACCCAAGACAAAACAUCCUUUCAACUGUGGGAUAUUUCUUGUCAAGAUUCUGGAGUGCCAGUCAUUGAAGAUAGGAGACAUGACAAAUUAA